AUGUUUACCCAAACUGAAACACAGUUCUCAGCUGUAAUGUAUACUAAGUUCAGAGCAGAGGUACGUAAAAUUUCAAUGUUAGCUCCCCAUGCAUGUUGUCCCAGCCAGUUAAUAUAAUGUUUUAUUUCUGGCCUCUGUCUUUUGCGGCAACAUUUGAGAGAUUGUAUUUAUAGGAUAAUGUGCAAUCUAGAAUAACACCUAGGUACUUUGGAUGGAAGUUAUGGGGAAGAAAAGCUAAGAAAGCUAAUACGUAGUGUCGUUUAUAUACAAACGGUUGGUUGUCUGGCCAGGUUAUUGUUUAAAUAGAAACAGCACGCUUCGGUUUUGGCAAUGUUGGAAGUUAGUCUAUAUUGCCUGAAAUUUUUGUUUAAACUUUCUAAAUCGGUCGAUAGGGUUCGUUCCAAGGAGCACAUUUUAACAUGUUGUGUAGCUAGGACCAGGUCGUCUUUAUAUGUGAAUUUUCUGGACACUGUUUCCGGUAGGUCAAUCGGUAUUUAAUGGUUAAAUUUAACGCCGAACAAAAACACGUUAAAAUGCAUAAUUUCGUUAAGUAACGAUAUAGACUUUGCCAUGAACGACUGUAUAGCUUAAUUAUUUGGAUUUAAAAAUGAAAUAUUAAAAUUGGAUACUGCAUUUUCCAUCAUCAAUCCGGUCAGCAUAACGAAAGUUCUAAGUUGUAGAAUGUAAAUAUACAAUUGUUAUAAUAACUUAUCAAGUGAUAACGAUCAACAAGUUAGCUACGUUCCUACUUCGUUAGCUGACGGAGGCAACAGUUAGAUGCAGUCUCCACUGAGAAGAGCGCAUGCGCAUAUUCGUAUUUUGUAUGUACACUUGUGUGUGUAAAUUGGAAAAUUAAAAAGGAAGAAAUGUUUAGAAGAACAAUAGGUAAAGAAAGUCUCUAUAUAUUAUCUAGGUAGGUUGAAAGUUGUAGGUGGAAUAUACAAUGUAUAAAAAUAAUCAUAUCAGACAUCACAAUUUGCUUGUUGUGUUGAAACUUAUUUUCAUUGAAACCAUACUUUCUAUAGAUCAUACUUAUUCGGUCUAUUAUAACUGUUAUGAACCCCUGGUAUAUUAGGUUUAAGGAUCAAUGGUUAAUAUUAUGAAUAUUGUGUAAAUGGUAGUUUAUAUAUACAUAUUGUACUGGCAAAAAUGAAUGCGCUGAGUUAACCCUUUUUGCCUAUCCAGCGGUUCGUACGACGUCGAAGAACGACGUACGACAGCAGUCGGGAUAUAACAGAGCAUUUGGCUGAACCUCCGUAAAUCUAUUUUUUUCUAUUUGUAAUAACAGUUGAUUUCUUAAAUUUCAAAUAUAGGAGUAAUAUAAUUCAAUAAUUCGUAAGUUUUCACUUAAUUUAUUUAUUUGUUGUCGACUAUCAAACCAGUCCAUAAAAUUUUUGGAUCGGAGUAUUCUGGUACCUAUGUGAACGGCAUCCGCCAAAUCCUUAACGGGCAAAGCACGAGCUGCAGUAAUAUUCUGGAACAUUAAUACGUGGAUCAAGCUGAAAAGCACUUUGAAAAAUACAUUAGAACCAAAAUAGACCACGACACAUUUAUAUCUCGAACUGUAUUUCAGUAAACAGCGAACUAAUAAGGAUGUAGCAAUAUAUUCUGCAAGAAUAGAAACUUUACAGAUCCUCAUACUGGAGUAGGAAACUAGUGAAAAAUCGAUAGAGGCAACUGCAGCACUUGAAGGAAGUCUAAAGGCACAGACAAUUCAGGUCUUGGAAGUCUCAAGGACUUUAUAAAAGCUCGUAAUCCUUCUACUUUAGAUAAAGCUAUACAAACGAAGAGGUAUGGGUCAGAAAAUCAUUAGAAGAAUCGAAAAGUUUUUAUGAAAAUCCGCACAAACAGAACAUCAGCAGAAACUCUACAAAAAAACCCAUAGCACCGUGAUUCCAUUGUAAGAAAAUGGGAAAUUGGGCGAGGGAUUGCCGAUAGCCUAAAUAGAUAAAAACAAACAGCGGAACCUCAGUUACUCAUAAUCCACGAGUCGCAGUUAAUAUUAUUACUUGCAAUUAUUGCAAGAAACCGGGACACAGAAAAGACGAAUGUAGGAAGUUAAAGUAUGUGAAUUCAAAAAAGAAAACAGAAAAUUUGGACGGAACUUCAAGAGAGCCGAGAAACCAAUCACAGACGGAUCGAAACGGCGAGCGCCUGGCUGGAAGUAUCAAAACCGCCGCAAUUUCGUUCAAGGAGUGAUCCUAAAUACGAUAGUUUUACAGAAACUCAAGAAUGAUCAAGUCACUUGCCGGAGUCCUCAGACCAUUAACAAUACUAUUCAAUUUUUAUUAGACUCUAGAAGUGACCUGAAUCUCAUCAAACUCUCCGCACUCAAGUACGACGUAUUGGUUUAUGGCAAAAUUAUUUACCAGUUAAAGAGAAUAACUGACCAGUGCGUACAAACUCUAGGGUCCGCUAAAAUUGAAGUUGAAAUUGGAAACGACAGUCGGACUACAGAAUUUCAUAAUGUACAUACCUCUUUCCUAAUACCCCACGAAGGAAUAUUAGGCAAACCGUUCAAUCCAUAGUAUGCAGCAUUUGCAUCGCCACUGUCAGGGACAAAACGGUCUAAGUAACAUUAACUAACCCCACAGAAAUGGAAUUCCAACUUCAACUCCCAAAAUUGAAUCAAUUAGCCCGUGAGGAGUUUAAUGAAGCCUCCAUUGGUAUCAUGGAAAUCUCGGACCAACCAGAAAAUCAGGCUUAUGAUAGCAGAAUAGCAAAGUUGCAGGGAUCUCUUUGAACAGAACAUUUGAACCUAGAAUAGAAGUUGUCGUUAUUUACUAUUUGCAACCAGUUCGCGGAUUUAUUCUUUCUCGAAGGAGACAAAAUAACUGCCAUUACAGCAGUAGCCCAUGAAAUCAGGACUUCAGAUGCAGUGCGGCCAAUCCACGACAAACCAUAUCGAUUACCUGCUCAUCAUCGACAGGAAAUGUCUAACCAAAUGGAUGUUCUAGAAAGAGACGGUGUAAUCGCUCCUAGCGAUUCACCGUGGAACGCUCCUCUGCUAGUAGUGCCAAAGAAACCAAAUAUAAACGGAAAAGUCAAGUACUGGAUCUGCGUUGACUUUCGUAGAUUGAAUCAAGUCACAAUAGAUGAUGCAUUUUUCCUACCAAACAUCACCGACAUUUUAGACCAAUUGGGCAAAUAA